CAACGGGAAUCUUCUCCGAGCUUCUGAUUGGAUGACACCGGUUGUUUGUUUGAUCAGCGAUUGGUUGCUGUGUUACAAAUGACUGGAACUUUUGGUUGGGAGCUCCACGUCAGCAAGUUUCACAACUAACACGUGACACCCUUUCAACUUGAACUUUACCAUGGAUCUGGUGAAACAUACAGGUGGCUGCCACUGUGGGGCUGUGCGAUUUGAAGUCUGGAAUUCCCCAGACCUCCAUGUUUUUCAUUGCAAUUGCAGCAUUUGCACAAAGAAGCAAAAUCAUCAUUUCAUUGCGCCAAAAAAUCGCUUCACGCUCAUACAGGGUUUGGAAAAUCUGACCACGUACACAUUUAACACUCAUGUUGCAAAACACACCUUCUGUAAAACCUGUGGAGUUCAAAGUUUCUACACACCACGCUCCAACCCAGACGGAUAUGGCAUUGCUCCACAUUGUCUGGAUCCAGGUACUGUGCACAGUGUCACAGUGGAGAACUUUUGUGGGGAGAAGUGGGAAGAAAGUAUGCAAGUUCACAAAACUAUCAGAGACAUGUCAAAACCAGAGGAAAACUAACACUACUGUCAUAUAAAAAAACUUUAUUUUUCAAUCAGCAUGACAUCAGAAACAUUCAACAGUACUUUCAUUGGUCUUUAACCUCCUAAGACCCGAACUCUUCCACGGCAUGCAUUUUUAAUUUCUCUUUGAUAUUUGGGCAUAUUGGGGCUCGAUGAAUGUAAAAACGAAGAAUUACCAGAUUUUUUUUUUUUUUUAC